CCUGCAACCCUCCAUCGGCUGAAUAAUGCCUGACCGUGUCACCGACAACUGAACAUCUUACUCUCCAAAUCUCACGCCUCGCCUUCUCCGGAUCUUCUUGCCUGUUGUACAGCUAGACAAUUCCGCCUUCUUACCACGGUUCAGAUCCCAGCAUUUUACGCGCAAAGGACAGUUGACUCUGCUCCGCUAGCGGAGACGAUCCUUGAGCCGCCAUGUCGACGACGACGGGAGCUUUCCUUGCAGGAGGUGUUGCAGCAUGUGGUGCGGUCACAGUAACUCACAGCUUUGAGACUGUCAAGAUCCGUUUACAAUUGCAAGGAGAGUUGCAAUCCAAGACCGACGCGGUCAAGAAAUACCGAGGUGUAUUUCACGGUGUCAAGGUGAUCUUGCAGAAUGAGGGGCCUCGCGGUCUCUUUCGGGGUAUUGGCUCUGCCUAUAUCUACCAAGUCUUGUUGAACGGGUGCCGUCUCGGAUUCUACGAACCUCUGCGCGGGGGCAUCACAAAUGCGAUCUACAAAGACAGCCAGGUCCAGUCUCUGGGAAUCAACGUCUUCGCGGGUGCCACGUCAGGCAUCAUCGGCGCCGCAGCUGGCUCGCCAUUCUUCCUUGUCAAGACCCGUCUACAAUCCUUCUCGCCGUUCCUUCCGGUCGGUACACAGCACAACUAUCGCAACUCGUUCGACGGUCUGAGCAAGAUCUAUAAAACCGAGGGAGUGAAGGGAUUGUAUCGCGGUGUAGGCGCAGCGAUGGUGCGCACCGGUUUCGGUAGUUCGGUUCAGCUGCCGACUUACUUCUUCGCCAAGCGUCGCUUGACGAAGCACCUUGGUAUGGAAGACGGGCCCGCUCUGCACCUGGCCAGCAGCACGGCUUCCGGCUUCGUGGUUUGCUGUGUCAUGCACCCUCCUGACACUAUUAUGUCGAGAAUGUACAAUCAGACCGGCAACCUGUACAAGGGCGCAUUUGAUUGCUUGUUCCAGACUAUUCGCACUGAAGGCAUUCUUGCAAUUUAUAAGGGAUAUUUCGCCCAUCUUGCCCGUAUCCUGCCACACACCAUCUUGACACUCAGCUUGGCCGAACAGACCAACAAAUACAUGCGUAGGCUGGAGGACCGGUUCCUCUCUGACUCACUUAAGGCUCGACUCUAAAUAAUUGGCAUUCGUCCAGCGACUUCACCUUACCAUUCCUACCUUGCGAAAACAUUUAUAGAGGCAUUUCGGUAUAUUCAAUCAGGGAUUACAUGGUUGAGUAAUGGCAUCUGCUUGCUCGGCUUGUUGUGCACAUAAGGCGUUUCACCUUGAUUAGUCGCGUGAUGUUAGAUAUCAUAGACCUCUAAAGAAGAUAAAUUGAGUUGGUUCAG